GCUCGUCGUCUCAGCAGCAGCCAUCCGUUAGCUGGUUUAGCAUCAGGCUGGAUGAGAGGCUAACCUACACACACAGACAUAACUGUUCACUCUGCUGGCUCUGGUUAUGUACUCCGCUUGAAUUCACUGAAGUUAACAGUCGUCUAAGAGACUAAACCGAAGAUGCAGUUCAUGCUGUUGUUCAGCCGGCAGGGGAAGCUGCGGUUGCAGAAGUGGUAUGUGCCUCUGUCUGACAAGGAGAGGAAGAAGAUCUCCAGAGACCUGGUCCAGACCAUCCUCGCUAGGAAGCCCAAGAUGUGCAGCUUCCUGGAGUGGAGGGACCUCAAGAUUGUGUACAAGAGAUACGCCAGUCUGUAUUUCUGCUGCGCAGUUGAGGAUCAGGAUAAUGAGCUGAUUACGCUGGAGAUUAUCCACAGAUACGUGGAGCUGCUGGAUAAAUAUUUUGGCAGCGUGUGCGAGUUGGAUAUUAUCUUCAACUUUGAGAAGGCCUACUUCAUCCUGGAUGAGUUCCUGCUGGGCGGAGAGGCCCAGGAGACGUCCAAGAAGAACGUGCUGAAGGCCAUCGAGCAGGCCGACCUGCUGCAGGAGGAGGCCGAGGCACCACGGAGCGUUUUAGAAGAAAUCGGGCUGACAUAAACCAUCAUGCUGCAGCUCCUUCUCCCAGAUGCAGAUCUGGCAACCUCCACGUCUCUAUCCUGUCUUCUCCUGUUGUCUCCUAUGUCAGUGUUGUAUGUAUAUAAUCACCAUCUGCGUACCGUAUUACUCUGUACCGAACUAUCCAGUAAUGUCCUUUUAAUGUGGUGCCAACUGUGGUUUUAAUGUGUCUCCUGUGUACAAUCUCCCUCACUGUAUUCUGCAGUACUACUAGCAUACUCAACACCCUGAACUUACACAGUACAAUGUAGCGACGACAUGAAAACUCCAGCAUCAUACUAAGAUCAUCCAUCAUUACCGAUUGCAGAGCUAUAUGCGCUGUUUGGCUUAAAAGGACUUCUUAAGGUGCUGUUGUAGCCGCAGUCGGUGCUUCUCAUGUAUCACCUUCACAUUGGAGUCACAGAGCUGAGAAUCCCAAUUCAUGAAAAAUAAAUACUCAACGAUCUGUGGUUUAAUAAAACUAUUAUUCUAAACUAAUAUUCUGUCUGCUGCACAAUAAAAAAGGGAUUUAACUUGUUUUUCAAGAGCAAAAUAUGAAUGCAUUAUUUUGUUUAAUAUAAAAUACUGCAAAGAACCAUCAAUAUGUAACAGUAUAACUUUGGUUCAUGUAUAAAUUGAGCUAGGAGAUGUGUCAUUUUGUACUAUCAAUUUUGGAUUAGGAAAGAGGCACAACUUGGGAAAUGAGUUAAAAUAUAUUCUUUUAAGUGCAGUGGAUGGAAUAUUUUUAUCCAGAUGGUUAGAAGAGUCUUUGAGGACUCAAUAAAUACCUUCAGGAGAGCAGUACGUGUUGCUAAAUGAUCUGUUUUUUAAAACAUAUCAUUGGAUAUUUAUUUUUCUCCCAAAGAUCUGAUGCUCAGCUCUGUGACUCAGACGUAACGGUAAUACAUGAGAGGCACCGACGGGGUCUAGUGCUGCUGUGGGAAUUACUGACACGUUUACAAUCACACGAAUCAAUCCAACCCAUCAAUUAAGUGAAAUUAAACAAUUAACCCAUGAUCAAUAUCGGUGUAUAUGUUAUGUAAGUUUGUACAAGUUUGUGUUUUGGUGAUUCCCUCUACAGAAAUUAACCAUUUCAUAUUUCCUUUUCAAGACUUAAUUGUUUAUUUUCUGGUAGCUGUUUGUGUGUAAUUAGUGUCACGUUGGUUUAAAUUGUCUUUAUUUUUCUGACAAUUGACUUAUUUUCCAGACAAAAACAUUUGUUUAACAUUGAAAUUUGUAAUGAUCUCUAGAGGUAAAUCUUAGGUGAGUCCCUCUCCCAUAGUCUUAGUUCAGGAAAGGAUAGUGACCCAAAUAAAAGAAAUGCUAUUUUAUGUAUUAUGAUACUUUGGCUUAAAGACUAACAUAUGACCAAAGAACACUGUGUUUUACCUUCUCAAUGGUGUCUAUGGAAAGCUAACAUGACAGAAAAGGGAUUUACAACUGCAGGAUGUUUGACAAAAAAUGUAUGUGGGGAUUAUUUGGCCACAAUAUACAAGUAUUAUGUAAUUAUUCCAGUCUGUUUAGGGACAGGUUUAUUCUGAGUUUCUUUAUGGAGUCAGAACGUAAGAUGAUCUGCACAUAUCAGGGUACGUCAUUAAUAUUCAGCACCGUCAGCUUGUUCUCUUGUCAGCAGGAAAACAAGCCAACACGUAAUGAAUAGAUGCUCAUCCAAACUUUUUAUCUGCAUUCUUAAAACCACAAAGUGUUUCUGUUGAAGUCAUUAUUUAACAAGUUCAUCUUUGAUUUGUGCAAAAAAAAUAUCACUUUUUGUAUUGAACACUGCCAACACAUUUGCCAACAUUUUUUUCUUAUAUUUGAAAGUUAUUAACAAUAAAUGUAUUAAAA